AUGGGUUGGUUCGGCUCAAGCUCCAAGGACGACUCGGGCGUCAAGAAGACAGAAGGCGGUGCAUUCGAGUCGCCAUCGCGAUCCAACCGGAAACAAUGUUACGCUGCACGCGACGCUUUCUUCGAAUGUCUCGACAAGAACAACGUCCUGGAUAGCAUAAAUACAAAGUCUGGUAGGGACAAGGCGGCCAGCUUCUGCUCGUCAUUCGAUCAGGAGUUUGAGAAGAACUGUGCACACAGCUGGGUCGAAUACUUCAAGAAGCAACGAGUCGUAAACUACCAAAGAGAACAGACGAUCAAGAAGAUCGAGAUGCAAGGUGGAGAAAUCACUGCCCCGCAACUACCACUGCCGGGCCAGAACAGAUAG